AUGGAGAAGGCGAGGAGGCGGCAGGUGCCGGCGUUCGGGGAGUGGAACUACUGCCACGGCUACGACGAGCCGCCGGCCGAGCGCUACGCCCCGGAGCCGGAGGACUGCAGCGACGUAUGGUUCAAGUACUCGCCGCCUCCGCGCAAGCCGGCGCCCAAGAAGACGAGGAGCGAUGUGGCCCGGGAGAAGCAGGGGAGGCGCGCGAAGGCGCCGGAAGGCGGCGGCCUGGCGCGAGCCACGUCCAGAGCCGCCUCCGCGUCCAGGGUGGUGCGGCCGGUCGACGAGGACCUGUACCAGGUGCCUCCGCCGGAGCUUGCCUCCCGCCGGUACCGGCCAAGACGGGUACGUACGAGCGGCACGGCCACAGACUUGAAUUGGCUCAGUAUGGUUCGAAGUGGAGCUGACUUUCUCUCUCUGGUCGGAUGA